GGAAAACCCCGCGCGCGCGGUUUAGUCACUUCACUUGCUACACAGAAAUCUGGCGCGCGGCAGUCUGAGGUUAAAAAAUGCUUCCACUAGGUAUGAAUGGAAAGAGAAAACGCCGGUCUGUGGGUUCUCAGAGCAGUCCAGUAAAGAGACAAAUUCUGGAUGAGUACUGUUCUCCCCAAAAGAAGUCUCGAAAGGGAAAGCUGGCUGUGGGUAAUAUUGACCAGGAGAAAGAAAACCACCAGUCUCCUCAAAAAAUUGGCUCACCCAGUAGGUGGAGAGGUUCACCUGACCACACCGCCCUGGCCCCCCGAGAGCUUUAUGAGUGCUCUUCGCCUAAGGGGUCUCCUAAAAGUGCAUCACCAUUCAAGCCUUCCUUGGCAGUGAGGUCUUUCUACAACAACAAGAAAGCGCUCUACCUGACACCACUGGAAAGGAAGCUGGUCAGUGAGGCUAAACCGCACAGUAACCAAACAGACAUCAGUCCACUGUCACCCUCCAGACCUGGAAAGAGACCGAGACCAGCAAAAGUCAAGAAAAGGAACGUGGCUCAAGGUCAAAAGAACAGUAUCCGAGGCUAUAUGAAGCCUCCAAGGACAGGGAAUAGUUCUCCAAAUGUUGAAGACAACCCUUCUAUGGGAAAGGCCACUAACGCUGCAGACCCUAAAGGAGCGCCUUCCAUAGCAUUUGGCAGUCUGAAAGCUAAAGUCAAGCCGAAGCUCCUUGUGGGAGCUGCAUUCUUUAGUAAUGGGAAGAGAACCGCCAUGGCGUACAAAAGCACCGUUUUAAAAUCUUCCAAAUUCAGGCCACCUUCUUAUGUUGAGAAAAGUCAUGCCCCUUUAUCUGUGGAGGAGCCAGACCAAAAGCCUGCAAAGAGUGUGUACACACCUGUGCAAAAUAUUGCCCCAGAGGGGAAAGGGCAAGAGAAUAGUCUAGAAGUGUCCAACAAGAACUUAGUAUCCAAAGGGUCUUUGUGUACAACCACUGUGGAGAGGACCCAGAAGCAGCAGGAAGAGAGCGCACCUGAAAAUGUGUCCCCAAGUCAGCUCCCCCAGCAGUGUGAGCUGGUCAAGGAUGUGAGGAUUAUUCUUAGGAAAUCUGAAAUUCCAUCUAGUCUGGAGUCCUCCCUUACAGACACGAACUCAAAGGACAAUUCCACAGAAAUGGCAUUUGACACAGGGUUUGACCUCAGUGAAAUUAAGUCUCAAAGUUCAAAGUGUGUUUCAACAGUUUCUCCUACUGUGUACCCUAUCUUUGGUUCUAAGAGACACCGGAAGAAGGCUAGCAUACCUUCCCCUAAGAGCUGCAGCACUCCAACCACUGCUAGUUCUGCUAUUUCCAUGUCUUCGAGGCUGAGAAGCACAAAGAAGAAGAAGGAACUUGAAAGGGAGUCCUCUGAUCAGCUCAUCAUUGAUGCUGGCCAGAAGCAGUUUGGGGCCACCACUUGCCCAUCCUGUGGUAUGAUUUAUAGUGCCGACAGCUUGGAGGACAAUUUCCAGCACACACAGUUCCACCAGCAAUUUGUGGACAGCAUUAAGUUUGUGGGCUGGAAAAAGGAGCGAGUAGUUGCUGAAUUCUGGGAUGGAAAAAUUAUACUGGUUCUCCCUGAUGACCCAAAAUAUGCCAUCAAAAAGGCAGAAGAUGUGAGACAAGUGGCUGAUGGCGAGCUGGGAUUUCAGCAAGUUUCCCUUAGCUGUCCCAGCAAAGCUAAGACAUACCUUUAUGUAAGCCGCGACCAGAUGAUUGUUGGCUGCCUCAUUGCGGAGAACAUCAGACAGGCAUUCAGGGUUCUGGACCAGCCCGCAUCAGCUAAGGACACAUUGAAGGCUGACUUCAUGGAGCACCAAAGAGCAUGGUGCUGCUCUACCACACCUGUGCCAGCCAUUUGUGGCGUGAGCCGCAUCUGGGUGUUCAGCCUGAUGAGGAGGCAGGGCGUUGCUACUCGACUGGUGGACACAGUCAGGACCUCCUUUAUGUAUGGCAGUCACCUGGACAAGGAAGAAAUUGCCUUUUCAGAUCCCACUCCAGAUGGCAAACUCUUUGCUACAAAGUAUUGUGGAACCCCUGAGUUUUUGGUUUAUAAUUUCAUUUGCUAAGGGUUUUGUACAUUUACUUGAAUAAAUGAUGUACAUAUCUGAAAGGAGACUUUGUAUAAACUGCACCAUAGUGUAAGGAAAUGUUUCAUAGUCCUGUCUUGGAAGUCAGAGCUGUUUUAAGUACUUCAAAUAAAAUUUAA